GCCCUAUAAAAGGACUGGCAUUUGAGUGACAUUUCCUUUUCCGCCUAUCAUUGGGUCUCUCAUCACAUGUUUGUGUCGUUUAACACAAAUUCACUCAACAAUUGAAUCGACUUUCCGUUCAUUUGACCGCAAAAAAGAUGAUUAUUUUCAAGGAUUUGAUUACAGGUGAUGAACUGUUCACCGAUUCAUCCAAAGUAAGACUCGUUGACGGAUGUCUGUGGGAAGUGGAGUGUCGGCACGUGACCCGAAAACAGGGCGAAAUAGAGAUCGCGGGCUUUAACGCGUCGGCCGAAGAAGCGGAUGAGGGAACCGAUGAACAGGUGGAGUCCGGUCUCGAUCUCGUACUCAACCAACGGCUCGUCGAAACCGGUUUUUCCAAAUCUGAUUACAAAAACUAUUUAAAGACUUAUACAAAAUCACUUCAGGAUAAGUGGAAGGAAUUGGAGUUCAGCGAAGACGAGAUCAAUACAGCGAAGACUAAACUGACGGAAGCGGUGAAGAAAGUGUUACCAAAGUUAGGAGACUAUCAAUUCUUUUUGGGCGAGAGCACAAAUCCUGACGGAAUGGUCGGUCUAUUGGAAUACCGGGAGAAAGAGGACGGUUCGGGCGAAACACCGGUUAUGAUGUUCUUCAAACACGGACUCGACGAGGAGAAAUUUCACGACAGGGAAGACAUUAGACGUCGUUUGGCAUUAGAUUCUGACAGUGAAGAUAUGUCUGGCUUUAGAUCUUCACGCAAAUCAAGUCUUAUGAGUCGUCUUCAAAACGGCCAGAGUUUACAAAUUUGUUUCAUGAAUGAGACGACCAGUGAUUCCGUCCUUCGAGAAAGCGAUUACCAAAAUGAAGAGACUAUUGAGGACAACAGUUGCAAAACUAAUCCCGUUUUAGACAAUUCCUAUGUAAUGACAACCGACACAAACCCUCCAAAGACGAGUCCAAACAAUAAUAGCUCAUUGAAUAUAAGCGAUUCGUUGAAUGCAAUUAAUAUCUCUUCACCAAAUAUGAAUCGACCAAAUCAUUUAUUUACACGAUUAGACUCCGGAUCUAUUGAUCUCAAGAAUUAUGAUUUAUUCUCAGUUAUAGAAAAGCCACCCAAAAAGGAAUUGUUUAGUGACUAUCAUUCAAAACUUCACACCGAAGCCAGACUUGCUUUGGCACAGUUGCAGAUCAUUGUUAAUGAUAUGUAUUCACAAAUUGAAAGUUUAAACACAGAAUUGAUGCAACAAUUAGUGAAGAGGGAUGAGCUAUAUAUGUCGCAGGACUCGGUUCUCGUCGAUAUCGAAGAUCUGACUAUAUUUUUGUUUUCGAAGCAAUAACUAAUUCAUGGUUUAUAUAAUAAAUCACAUUUAAAUGGUUAUCAAAUUGUUAAAUAAGUUAAGUUUUCAC